AUGCAUAGUAUAUGUCAUGAUUACUGGAAACCAACAAUACCAUCCUAUUCUGAGAUGAAUACAAGAACUAGAGGUGUUUUUACUAUACGACCAUUUGUCUAUGGAAAAUAUGCACCUGAUCAAAGUGAAAGUUUAGAAAAACAUCAAGAAUCUACUUAUCAUAAAAUAGCUGUACAAAAUUUAUCAUUUAGACAGCAAGAAAGAUCAGUAGCACAAAUUACAAUCUCAUGUGAAGAUAUACAUGAAGUACAAGAAAGUUUAUUAACAUUGAAGUCAUUAUUCAAUUUUAUUAAUCGAUCAUCAAUUAGAUUAGCAAAUUGUAAUGAUAUUCAAACAUUAUUAAAACAUCCGCAAUUAACAUUAAUUCAACCUAGUGAUACACGAUGGUUAUCAUAUUCUCAUUCUAUUAAUGCUGUUAUUCGUUGUUAUGAACGAUUAAUGAUACCAUUUUAA